CUAUAUUUGUAGGUCAUGGCCUCAUUUGCUGUGGUAUUCUCACACUUUGCAAUUCUUUUGCUGUCUGUUUUGCCUUUGGGGAGUUCACUGAGCUUAGACUACUACGAGAAGACAUGUCCAGGUGUUGACUUCAUCGUUAAUAAAGCUGUCAGGAGUGCAGCUUACAAAGACAAGACUGUCCCUGCGGGACUCCUCCGGAUGCACUUUCAUGACUGUUUUAUAAGGGUAUUCUCUUUAGAAUUCUCAACACGUUUAAACUUCUUUGUGUUUGACAAAACUAACCUGGUUUUGUUUGCUUGGGUGAAGGGCUGUGAUGCAUCUGUACUGCUGAAUUCAGUAGGUAACAACAAAGCUGAGAAAGAUGGGCCUCCUAAUUUAUCUUUGCACUCGUUUUUCGUGAUCGACAACGCAAAGAAAGAACUGGAAUCCUAUUGCCCCGGUGUUGUCUCUUGCGCUGAUAUUGUGGCUCUCGCUGCAAGGGAUGCAGUUGUGCUUUCUGGAGGCCCAACAUGGGAUGUUCCCAAAGGGAGAAAGGAUGGAAGGAUAUCAAAGGCUAGUGAAACAAUACAAUUGCCAUCUCCAAGGUUCAACAUUUCUCAGCUGCAACAAAGCUUCUCCCAAAGGGGAUUAUCCUUGGACGACCUAGUGGCUCUUUCAGGAGCACACACCUUGGGAUUUGCUCAUUGCUCAUCCUUUGAAGGUAGAAUUCGCAACUUCUGUCCAGCCAGCAACGUCGACCCUGAGAUGAAUCCGUCCUUUGCAGCAAGUCUAAGAAACACAUGCCCAGUAAACAACAAGGCUAAAAGUGCUGGUGCUUACAUGGAUACUUCAUCAACCACAUUUGACAACAAUUAUUAUAGGCUGAUACUCCAAAAGAAGGCCCUGUUUUCUUCUGACCAAGCUCUGCUAAACUUUCCUAAGACCAAGAAUCUUGUUUAUAAGUUUGCAAGUUCAAAGGAAGCUUUUAACCGUGCAUUUGUUAAUUCUAUGAUCAAGAUGAGUAGCAUCACUGGAGGUCAAGAGAUCAGGAAGAAUUGUAGGGCAGUGAACUAAGAGCUACUCCUAAUAGCUGUGUGUGUUUUGUUUGCAAUGGGAGUAAAGUACCCAUAGCUAGCUUGUAUUCAGUACUGUUGAAAUCACGGUACAAAUGUGUUCUCAUAUAUUUCCACUAAUGGAAUGCCUUUAUUUUUGCCUUUAUUCUCAUAUGUCUCCAAUUAGAGAUAAAGUUCCCUUUAUUGUGAUGCCUCCACCACCUACAUAACUGAACUUUAUGGAUAAGAAUCUAAUAGGAUUCAGAUAUAAGCUACUUCGUUACAGCUCAAGACACCUAAAAACAAUCAAAAUUUGUGCAGAAAACCCCGACAGGCAAGAAGUCGAAUCAGGACAGUCAGUAUGAAUGAUCCAAUUGUCAAGGCAAAUGUAGAGUGAGAAAUUGAUGCCAUAAAUAGGCAACAAGUUAACCAACUUCCAUUUUUUUUCAGGGUGGGGGAGGACUAAUGGGUCAUGAAUUAAUAAAAGUUAAUAAGCAAGUCCUAAAAGUAAUAUAAUCAUAGAUUUGGCAACAACAAAACAACAACCAAAUUACUCUUGAUUCAACUCCCCUCCCCCCUCUCCCGGCAGAUUUGUCGGCAGAUGAAGAACAGUAACAACGUUUAUUAUUUCAGCUGACACCUGCCGGCAAUUUCGCAUGCCACUGCCUCAGGGACGGCGAUAAACAUUGUCCAACUCCGCAUUAAGGACCCACAAUUAUGCAAAGGGAUAACAGAUGCAUCCUCGAAAGGAUGAAAACAAAACUGUAAGCUAAUUGAUGGUUUGUAAUGCACAAUAUCUCCUGUUCAUAUAUAUGUAGUUGAACUCCCAAAAUCAGGUAUUUCAUUCCAUACAAGUUAUGCAUAAUUAAAGUUUCAACUUGCACGAAUGCACUCGUUUUCAAAAUGGUUCCCUCAAAAUUUCAACCACAUGCCAUUGGACCUAAAAUUACCAGAACACCUAAAACAGACCGGGAACGGGAAUAUAUAACUUCCACUUAUGUCAAACUGAGUAUAACUCAACAUAUUAAGAUGUAAAAUCUUCGAUCAAGGGGUCAAAUAUUAAUAAAUGGUGUGCUAAGAGA